AUGUCGGAGACACGGUUGAAUGCCAAGUCAGUAGCUGUUAUUGGCGCUGGUGCUGGUGGAAUUGCUGCUGCGAUUCAUUUGAGACGUGUAGGACUUGAUGUCAAAGUAUUUGAGCGGAGUGCGAAAGCUGGUGGGAUAUGGGUUUAUGAUGAGAGGAUCUCGGUGGAGCCUCCAUACCCUGCGACGAAACCUUCAGUUGGGGAUUCACCUGAAUAUGAAGCAUUGCUUGAUCGACGUAGCUCAAGGCAGGAUAGUCCGCUGGAGCAAACCCAGACGCAGGCUAAGGAGAAUGAUCUUUCGAGAAUCUUCGCACCUCCGGGACCAUGUUACAAUUCAUUGAAGAACAAUGUAUCGACCAUAGAAAUGGAGCUAUCUUGUGAGAAAUGGAAACCCUCGACAGAAGACUUUGUACCGCAUCAUGAACUCGCACAAUAUCUCCAAGACACAGCUAGAAACAAUGGCGUUUUGGAGGCAACCAGCUUCAACACUAGAGUCGACAAGAUCUCCAAGACAUCCUCCCAGAAAUGGCAAGUCGAUACCUCAAAACUCACACCCGACGCCUCAGCAAUCGAGUCUCAAGAAAAAUCACUCUUCGACGCAGUUGUCGUAGCGAAUGGAAACUAUCACGCCCCCAACAUCCCUUCAAUCCCAGGUCUAGAAAUCUGGCGAAAAGCCUUCCCCACACGAAUCUUCCACUCGAAAAACUACCGCGACGCUUCCGAAUUCCAUGAUGAAAAUAUCCUAUUAAUCGGAGCCGGCGUCUCCAGCGCUGAUAUAGCUCGUGAUUUGGGCCCGAUUGCUCGUACAGUGUUCCAAUCUAGUCGAGGGGGAAUGUAUGAUUUGACUUCUUUGGUUUUGCCUGAUAAUGCUGCGAGGGUGGAUGGGAUUUAUAAUUUCAGCGAGUUGUUGAAAGGGGGAGGAGGAGGGGGGGAGUUGGCCGAGGAUGGGAGUUUACCGGGGACUAUUACGUUGAAAUCUGGGAAGAAAUUGUGUGGGAUUCAUCGCGUGAUUCUUUGUACGGGAUAUCAUAUCUCGUUUCCAUUUUUGAGGGAACUUCAUGUUGAUGGAGUUAGACCUGAGCUGGCGGAUGAGUCGGUUCUCGUAACCAAUGGCCAACAAACUCACAACCUCCACAAAGAUAUCUGGUACAUUAAUGAUCCGAGUCUAGCUUUCAUCGGCGUACCCUACCAUAUCGCUACCUGGUCCCUCUUUGAAUUCCAAGCCAUAGCCGUGGCGGCAACUUUCUCCGGGAGAGUUCCAUUGCCAUCGAGGGCCGCAAUGAGAGAAGAGUAUACCCAAAAACUCCAACGGAAAGGGGCAGGCAGAUCUUUCCAUUCCCUGAAAGCUCAGGGAGAGGAAAUUGUCUACGUGGAAGACCUAGUGCAAAUGGUGAAUAGUGGGAGGCAAGAUGAUGAGGAGUUGCUACAGGGACACUCACCUUCGUGGCGUAGAGCUUAUGGGCGGAGGUGGAAGAGAUUCGAGGUGUUUUUUGGACAGGUCAGGGAUCGGGAGAUUGAUGAGAGGGUGUUGAGUACUAUCGCUUCUUGUCGGUAG